UGUUGGUGGGCACGGAGCGGAGCCGCUUGAAGAUGGCGGAGAUGUCCGGCUUGUGAGGCUCGCUCAUGAUUCCGCCGCUAACACCGAACAACCGGCGCUGUACACUGAGGGCCACGUCAACAACCGCCUACUACGUCACCAGAGCCCGCCCUCUUCCCGCUACGUCACCACUACAGACACGCCCUUCUACUGGGAGACGUGGGAGACAGAAGCCCCGCCCCUGUCUGAGCGCCCACCUGGGAAAAGUCACCCGAACCGACACAACACUAUGCUGAACCCAAAAAUGACCGUCCUAUGUCUGCUCAUCCUGACAGAUCUCUCGGUAUGGGCUGGUGCGGUGACAGUUGUAGUUGGCGGUACAGUGGUGUUACCGUGCACGUACCCCAUUGCUGAUGGUACCACCUCCAUGUGUUGGGGACGGGGCCAAUGCCCGAAUUCUAAAUGUAACAAUGGGAUCAUCUGGACGGACAGCAGUGCGGUGACCUGGCGAUCAUCUGACCGGUACCAGCUAAUGGGGAACAUCACAGAGGGGGACGUGACCCUCACCAUUACGGGGGUGACUUCUGAUGAUGCCGGAAUCUACUGCUGCCGGGUGGAGAUCCCAGGACUCUUCAAUGACCAGAAGAUAGAGAUAGAUGUGGAGAUCAAUGAAGGUAGUUUUGUUCUCAGUCCGACCACUUCCCCUCCGCUCAAUGAGUCUAUGACCAUGAAUAGUGCAGUCAGUUAUGCUCCUGUGUUCUACACUGUAGUCGUCUUCUUCAUCGCUCUCCUCAUCCUCUUUGGGAUCCUGAUGUAUAGAAAUCAAUAUCUUGAUAAGAAGAUCAGCAAUCUAUCCAACACAAUGUCCGCCCUCAGCCUAAGAACCCUGGAGUCUGCAGUCGCCGUGGAGAACGUGUAUGUGAAGAUGGAGUCCUGAGGCAUCAAUCCAUAGAACUUGGAAAUCAAACUUGUGUCUGUCAAUUCGUUUUUUUUUAAUUUUAAUAUUAAUAAAUGAUGUACAGUA